GUCAGUGGAGCCCUGGAUAGAUUGCAUUAUGAACGCGAUCCUUGUGUACAGUUUGACGGGGAAAGGAAACUGUGGGUUUACUUGCAUAGAGAAAGAGAAGAAGAAGAUUUUGAGGAUGAUGGAACUUCAUCCACAAAGAAAUGGAAGAGGCAGAAAAAGGAUGCUGCAGAUCAAUCUGAUCAAGGAACAGUAACUGUUGCUGGUCAUGGCACUGGGGAGCAAAGUGGGUAUGAUUUGUGCUCAGAUCUCAAUGUGGAUCCACCACCAUGCAUUGUCGAUGAUAAGGAAAUGGAACUUUUGUCUACUGAUAUAAGGCUAAAUGCAGAUGCCCAUGUUGAUGUCAAU